UUGUCGCAACUCCACAUAAACUACAUUUCCCGAUGAUUCCUGCGUGAACGCAACUUCUACGUUGACUUACUAAAUUUCUAUGUGGACACUAAAUUUAAAGUAAUUACUUUGUGUGAGGUUCCACUGCGAUUCCUGUGGGAACAGUACAUCGUCGGUGAUUUUCAUAUGACUCACAUAUAAACAAGACAUUCUACGAUGAUCUACAGUGAUAUUAAUUCUAUUGUUACAAUUUGUGGCGAGUGCCAGUCGGCGAACGUAGAUCGUCUAUGUCAGAAAUACACCUCAGGUUAGUUAAACCUGCGAAGAUUGGUCGAGAUGCGCGCUUACUGCCUGGCAACCAUUUUUAUUAACCUGCUGCUCGUGUCGUGGUUGCCGCAGCCACGAGCAGAUGAGACGAGCAGACGACACGCAUUGCGCUAUCUCACUCCAGCCGCGUCCGCCGACCGCGACGCAUUCGUUGGCGAUACGUCAGCGUCUCGACGCAGCGGCGACGCGGACGUGCGUCAUGUCAACGUGCUGUUCACGUUCACGAACGUGCAGCAAAACGCGAUGCUCGGACCAGGGUUGAUGCGCACGCUGACGUCAAUGCUGCGUAAUGCCUCCGUCAACAUCAGCUGCCAUUUUCUCGGCGAUGCGUACAGCGUGAUCGUCGCACGCGACGUCUUUCAUGACGCAGUGAAAGCGACGAAUAGCACGGGACAUGAGGUGCGUCUGUAUCGCACGGAGACAUUGCUUGAGCCGUACGCCGAUUACCUCGGCAAGGUCAGAAGCAUGUUCUCCGCGUCGCGCGGCAAGUUCAACCGGGACUUCUUCUUUAUCACGCUCGUCGUGCAUCGACUGCUUCCUCACUUGCGCAGAGUCAUCAAGCUGGACAGCGACCUGUACGUCGCCGCCGACGUCGCAAGACUGCAGGCGUUGUUCGCCGACUUCGAGCCAGAAGCGGUGAUGGGACUCAGCGUCGAGCAGCAGCCGGUGUAUUACUGCGCGUUCCGGAACUACAGGGCGCACGCGCAGGACGAGCGAGCUGGUGUUCCGGCAAGCAUCGGCGGUCACCAGGGUUACAACACCGGCGUUAUUCUGCUCGAUUUAGAGCGCAUGCGCACGUCGGCGACGUACGCGAACGCGACACAGCUGGCGACGCUCGCCGCGACGCAACGACGCUUUCUGUUCUUCGAUAAUCACCUUGGCGACCAAGACAUCUACUCGAUGAUCGGCAUGGAGACGCAGCAGCUGUUUUACCCGCUGCCGUGCCAGUGGAAUCGGCAGCUGUGCACGCGCUACCGGACAGCGAAAAAGUUUAACAGGAACUUGUUCAUGGAGUACUACGCAUGCGCCGAACCCGUGAUGAUCUAUCACGGCAACUGUGGCGCUAGGCUGCCCAGGAAAGCCUAUACGUACCACAUGCCUCAUCCCCUAACAUCAUAAAAAGUAUUUUUACCUUAAUUAUUUUUUACAUGGCGCCGUAACCACGAAGAACAGUGAUUAGAUUGAUCAACUUGAUAGGUCAAAACAGCGGAUUUAUUACACAUGAUAACUUUCAGUCGGUGAUAGCGUCAGCCUAACCUGUAUGAUACAGGCGGUUCCGGUUCCGCUUCACUACACUAACCGUCAGUGUAGUGAAGCGGAACCGGAACCGCCUGUAUCAUACAGGUUAGCGUCAGCCGUGCGUAUUUUGCUAUCUACAUGUGUGCACUGACAGUGUGGCAGAUGGGGUCGUUGUCGUAUCAGGUACUACAGAUAUGUACCCAAGGUAGU